AUGAAUUGGAAAAAUUACACAAUCCUCAAUGAAAAAGGAAUCAGACAUCUCCAAAAUAACGAUAUCUCCAAAGUCUCCACACAUCUCUCCGUUUCCAAAGGUGUAGCCUGCACACUCUUGCUCCGUAACAAUUGGAGCACAAACUCCGUUUUCGACGAAUGGUUUUCCGACGAGGAAAAAGUUCGCGAGUCUGUCGGUUUAUUGCCGGAACAACCACCACCGGACAACAACCUCUGCAAGAUUUGUUUCGAGAGAAUCGAGGUUGAGAAUAUGUUGUCAGGGCCAUGUGGACAUCCCUUUUGCACUAAUUGCUGGAAGUCUUACGUUGCCGUCUCGAUUAACGACGGUCCGGGAUGCUUGGGAUUGCGUUGUCCCGAGCUUGAAUGCAAAACCAAUCCAGGCCUGGAAUUAAUCGACUCGUUGGCUUCCGAUUACGAUAAAGACAGAUACUAUCGAUAUCUUCUCAGGUCCUACGUGGAGGGAAGUCGAAAACGGAAGUGGUGCCAGGGGCCUGGAUGCGAUCUAGCGGUCCAAUUUCAUUCCAAGGAUCCCGGAAACUACGACGUGGUUUGCGAUUGUUCGUACGGGUUCUGUUGGAAUUGUUUGGAAGAGAGACACCACCCUGUCGGCUGCAGAAUCGUAAACAAGUGGAUGAAACUGCAGACUUCCGAUACGGAAAACAAUAAGUGGAUAAGGGCUAGCACGAAGCAAUGUCCGAAAUGUCGAAAGAAGAUUGAGAAAAACGAGGGCUGCGAUCACAUGACGUGUCCGCGCCCGUGUGGUUACGAGUUCUGCUGGCUGUGCCUCAGUCCCUGGAAAUUCCUCCACUUCUGCGACAAGUACAGCGAGAGAAGAGAUAAGGAACGCCGUCUCGAGUCGACAAGGGAAAACUUGAAGAGAUACGCGCGUCACUACGAGAGAUGGACCUGGAAUCAUAAAUCCAGGGAAACCGCCCUGGAUACUCUUCGUCGGGCCAAGAAGAAGUGUAGAUUGCCGUUUGUGAUCGAUGCGUUGGAAACGAUAGUUGAAUCCAGGAAAGUAUUGAAGUGGAGUUUCGCGUAUGGGUAUUACUUGCCGAUAACCGAGAAAAAAAAGAUUGCAUAUUUACGGAACCUGCAAGAGGACGCGGAGGUUGCGCUAGAAAAGCUUCAACGUUUUGCUGAGGUGGAGAUGGUAAAAUACAUAUGCGCCGAUUUUCGUUCGGAUAAUAAGGAAAAGCUUGUGGAUACGACCGAUGAGGCGAGGAGUUACGUUGAGAAAUUGGUUCGAGCAGUGGAGAACGAUCUUUCUGAAGCGGAGAAACGAAGUUUUUCGGAGGUAGUAGUGAAGACGACGAGUUGUAUGUUUAUGGUUCUUGGUACCUGUUGCAUACUUAGAAUGUUGGAUGUUUUUUAG